CAUGGGUAUUGUGGAAUCUGUACCCAAUUUCCGUGGUUGGGUAGAAAAGUUACUGAAGCUUGCACCGAUGGAAGGUAGAUCAUGGAAAACCCUUUCCAAUCGUUAUGGUUGGCAAGUAAAAACUCAUGGUUUUGCCAUUCGAGGAGUUACUCCAGAGGAUAUCUUGGCGUCUCGUGAUCAAGAUAUAUUCUUGGGAUCUGUAGAUCAAGAUAUAGCCUCGAGAUCUGAAGAGAGAAAAUCUGCUGAAGAAGAUGAUUCUGAAGGAGAGGACGAGGGUUCCCUGAUAUCAAGACCACGAGCCAGGAGACGUAUCAUAUCUGAAGAUGAGGCUGAUGUCUCCCCGAACCUCCCUCUUUCUGAACCUGUUAUUACUCCAGUGAUCAUUCCUGAUGAUGAUGUCUCUCCUCCUCCUGACACUCAUGAAUCCAUAAAUGAGCCUUUUAUUAGUGGUUUCAGUAGUGGCCUUUUAGGAUAAGUUCUAAAUGAACUUCCUUUGUCUUCCUUUACCUCUACCGUUCCUGUGAUUGUUUCCUUACCUUCGUCAUCUAUUACUUCCGUAACUUCCUCCACUGCUCCUCCUAUAAUUCCUCCCCCCACUGUUCACCAUACAGAAGUGGGCUCUUCAAGUGGGGGUUCUACUAUGAGGAGCGUGACCAUUAAAGUUCGUGCCAACAUCAUCCUUUUAAGAAAGUCUGGGCAAGCUGAUACGUGGCUCGAACCUUUGAUUGGCCCCAUUGAGAAGGCUAAACUUGAAAGCUAUAGUAAUAUGACCCUCCUGAAUGAUAUUAUGCAUGCAAGUUUGAAGGUAUUUUCUGGUGUAUUAUUUUAUUCAAGACUUUUGACUUCGGGAUCCCUAACCUUACCUCCUUUUUUACUUGUUUGAGCAGGCCAAUCUCAUCGGUACUGAACUAAUGACCCGAGUCUCCCUCUUGGAAAAACUGGCUCGUGACUUAGAAACGACUGCUCAUGACGCAGAAGAAGUUGCCCGUGGCUCUCAAUUGGAAGCCAACAACUGGAAGGGCCAGUUUGAAAGUGCAAAAA